GCCAUUCUCCUCAAGUAUCUUCAUCCGGACAGUGAACUUCAAGACUUCACUUCGCAAGUGAUGGACAUGCUUCGAGUGGAUACAUCCGUUGAUGCACAAGCUCUGGGUUGGUAUGGUCGAUCAGAUGACAGAACCUACUCAAAGGAGCUUCUUAGUUAUCCUGGGAAAGCAUCUUCAAUCUCCUUAUAGUAGCGCGCCAAUGAAAGUUGCUGCACUGCGUACAUUGUCAUAUACAUUAAAAACACUAGAAGAGGAAUAAAAAGAGUAUCUGAAGCUUGACUAAGGUUGCAACUCGCAUUAUAUAAGCAGGAGCACGUUUUGUUUGGUUUAGAUCGACAUUGUCGAAUAGAGAAGGAGAGAAGAAAGAUCUCUUGAUCUGAGGAUUUAAGAAAAGUCACAGUUGAGAUGAUAGAGCAGAGAGAUAAUAAUUAAUGGCAGAAUAUGAACAUUCUUGUUUAAAUAUAUCUCCGACAAUCAGGAAAUGACAACUGAAUAAAGUUCUAAUAAUUCUAUCCCUUCUCGAGGGAGGUGGGAUUGAGCCUGUCAAAUCCUCAUAUAUUGUAAUAAAAUGAAAUUGAAUCGAAAAGGAGUGCAUAGGGUGUGGACUGUGGAGAUCUGCUCAAGUUUUGUGUGUUCCUCCCAUCUUUUUUUUAAGGUUCCAAUGGAGUUUAGGGAAGUUCUAGAUGAUACCGUUGUUGCUGCGCAGUCACAUCCUUCACAGAUGGUCCGUGUUGAAACUGCUUUGACUCUGCGGGCAUUGGCUGAAGUCGAUCCUACUGUGCAGUGGUUUGGUCUCUUAUGGUGUGACGAUGCUAUCUGCCUUAAGAGAAAGUGUUUCAUUUGACAAGGGAAACACCUUUAAACUGGACCUUGAUUCUUUGCACGGGCAAGCCACGUUACUUGCCGCUCUAGUUUCUAUUUCGCCAAAGCUACCUCUUGGUUAUCCAGCCAGACUUCCACACUCAGUCCUCGAAGUAUCCCAGAAAAUGUUGACGGUUUCCAAUAGGAACCCUGGGGCUGCAACUGUUGAAAAAGAAGCUGGGUGGUUACUUCUAGCUUCAGUUUUGGCAUCUAUCCCGAAAGAGGAGCUUGAAGACCACACUUUUGAUAUUCUUGCCUUAUGGGCUCCCUUAUUUAGUGGAAAUCCAGAACUUGAAAAUCGACAAACUGGCGAUUUGGCAUCUAAAAUAUGUGUUUGGGCAGCGGCAAUUGAAGCACUUACAGCGUUUGUUAGAUGUUUUCUUUCUCCUAAAGCUCUGAAUUAUAAGAUUCUACUCCAGCCAGUGCUAGUCUAUCUUAGCAGUGCAUUAUCCUACAUUUCUUUUAUAGCCGCUAAAGAUCUUCCUGGGACAAAAGCUGCCCUGGACGUGUUCAUUAUAAGGACGCUAAUAGCAUUUCAGUCACUCUCUGAUCCAAUGGCAUAUGAAAGUGAUCACCAUAAGCUUCUCCAACUAUGUACAGGUCCAUUUAGGAAUCCUUCUGCUUACGAAGAGAGCUCAUGCUUGAGACUGCUGUUAGACAAAGAGAUGCUUGGUUGGGGCCAUGGAUUCCUGGAAGGGACUGGUUUGAGGAUGAGCUUCGUGCUUUUCAGGGUGGGAAAAAUGGUCUGAUGCCCUGCAUCUGGGAUCCUGAACUUUCUAGUUUUCCUGAGCCAGAGAGUGUGAGUAAGUUGAUGGUCAACCAGAAGCUACUGUGUUUCGGGACAAUGUUUGCAGUUCAGGAUAGUGGGGGAAUGCAGUAACUACUUGGUGCCAUCGAGCAAUCUCUCAAAGCUGGGAAGAAACAACCAUGGCAUGCAACCCUUGUCAACAACAUAUGCGUCGGGUUGCUUGCUGGCUUGAAGGCUCUGCUUUCAUUUCGUCCUCAACCAUUGAAGUCUGAGAUAUUAAGUCUUCUGCAGAAUAUCUUUCAGAGUAUUCUGGCAGAGGGUGAUAUAUCUGCAUCUGUGCGUAGAGCAUCAUCAGAAGGCCUUGGAUUAUUAAGUCGGCUUGGAAGUGAUACUUUUACAGCAAGACAAAAGCACUCCUUGGUGAUCUGUCUCGUGCAGCAGAUGCAAGCUAUGCUGGCUCCCUUGCUGUGGCACUUGGUUGCAUACAUCACAGAGAAAGUGAGGCAAAGUGUUUGAUUGUGGUGGCCCUGAGGCGGUGAUCUUCCUUUUCAAUAAAGGUUUGUCUUCUCAUCUGGUAGAAGUUUGUUCUUUCUUUUAUUUUUGCUCUGUUUAUGGUUGUUUCAGGGGAAGGUGUGAUUUGGAAGAUGAAAGAUCUGAUCUACAACAAGUGUAUUGAUAUUCAAAAAGUUACGGCACGUUCAGUGAAGAUUGAGUUAAAGAUGCGUAGACAUCGAUUCAAAUGAGAUCGAAUAGAUUUUUAGUUGUCUUCUUCGGAUGAUGUAUUACUUGUUGUUUUCAUAUCUACUUCCGUAUCUCAUUUAUCAACCAAUGUAGAUGCCAGAUGACUUUUCAGUGAAUGAUAAUUUUCUUCCUGUCAAAAAAAAAAAACUUUAUCCUUUGCUUC